AGUAUUUAUUGGCGAUGACAGGCCGUUUACUUUGCAGUUGUUGCUGCUUUCCCCGCAACUCGGUCACUGAAUCUGGACGUCACUAAAGCAGCCACCCCACGCACCAUUUUCCACUUUCAAACCCAACGCAACACGGAAACAAACAAAACCCCCAAAUAAGACCAACGAAAACAGAACCACCAGCCACCACCAAAACGUCCUUAAUUAGGAUCGCGGAUCCGUUGCUUUUCGCUCCUCUUGUUUUCUUCUGCUUCCAGAGAUUUUGCAAUUUCGUGAUUUAGAUAAAGCUGUGGGAUUCUGAAACUAGUGAUACAUUUUAUUGCAUGAAGGCGGAGUAGUGAGGAAUUCAGUUUUUGUUAAUUGGAAGCUCUAGUUCAAUAUGUCUUCUGUAAGCAAGGGUGAUAGGAAGGCCUCCCUUGAUGCAGCAUCGUGGUUGUUCAACGUGGUCACGUCUGUGGGAAUAAUCCUUGUGAAUAAAGCCUUGAUGGCUACGUAUGGUUUCAGUUUUGCUACAACUUUAACUGGUCUGCAUUUUGCCACGACAACCUUGUUGACGUUCAUUCUUAAAUCGCUGGGAUAUAUCCAGACAUCCCAUCUUCCAUUCUCUGAUAUAAUCAAAUUUGUCCUGUUUGCGAAUUUCUCCAUUGUUGGAAUGAAUGUGAGUUUAAUGUGGAACUCUGUUGGUUUCUAUCAGAUUGCUAAGCUGAGCAUGAUUCCAGUAUCUUGUUUCCUGGAGGUUGUCUUGGACAAUGUGCGAUAUUCAAGGGAUACAAAGCUUAGUAUUGUUUUGGUUUUGCUUGGCGUUGCUGUCUGUACAGUGACUGAUGUCAGUGUUAAUACAAAGGGUUUCGUGGCUGCUGUAAUUGCAGUUUGGAGCACAGCCCUGCAACAAUAUUAUGUGCAUUUUCUUCAGAGAAAAUAUUCUAUUGGGUCAUUUAACUUGUUGGGCCACACUGCACCGGCACAGGCAGCCAGUUUACUGCUAGUAGGUCCUUUUCUGGACUAUUUUUUGACAGGCAAACGAGUUGAUGCCUACGACUAUGGUUUCACAUCCACAUUGUUCAUCAUUCUGUCUUGCACUAUCGCAGUAGGGACAAACCUCAGCCAGUUCAUCUGCAUUGGUAGGUUCACGGCUGUAACAUUUCAAGUCCUGGGUCACAUGAAGACUAUUCUGGUCUUGAUAUUAGGAUUCAUUUUCUUUGGAAAAGAGGGUCUCAAUCUACAUGUUGUUCUGGGCAUGAUCGUUGCAAUAGCAGGAAUGAAAAGAGCGUCGUAGCUUUUCCCUUCCCAAAACACAAGAAUAUAGUGCAGUACCCGUGUCCUCUGAACCAGAUACGAAGGAAUAGAAAAAUAAUAGAAAAUCGCUAGAGAAAGUGAUGAAACUUAUGGUGAACUGCAUGGGAAAAUCAGAUGCCCCUUAGGCGAGUUGAUUCAUUUUCUUUAUACCUGGAGUGAAUUCCAAUUAGUUAUAGAUCAUAGUCAUAUCUUUGCUUGUGUUAAUGAAUUGUUUGGGAGAGAAAUGGGAGGAAACACUGAAACAGCGUUGUUUAAGAUGGGGAAAAUCCACGUUAUGUUCCAUUUUUUUAUAACAGAAAUUGUUACUGUUACUUUAAUAGUAAAAGUCUAAUUCCAUUUUUGCCAUCA